AUGGUUCCCUUCGGCACUCUCCUAGCAAAUGAUCAUGGAGCGGGAUUAAGCCUACAAUUUGGUGAGCCACAGUAUCAUUCAUGGGAGGAUAGCCCUUGUAGCCCAGCGAAAUCUCGACUGGAUUCUCGGGAUUUCAUCACGAUACCCUUGGAAAACAUCAUGAUCCGCGAUCCAUACGAUCAAGAUGAACAUGAAUUUGACUGUGGGUUACCAUCAAUAACACGUGAUUCCAACUACUCUCUAGAAAUUGAUGACUGUGAGCGAGGUUGUUCUUCCCUUCCGAUGUCUCUUCCGCUGCGCAAUCUAACAGCCGACGAAUCAUCCAACGGAAAACAGUCUCUUCCAAUCACAGAAUCAUCACGUGUUGCAUUCUCCAAACAAGUGGAAUGCUUUCAAAUAGAUACACUCGACUCCUAUUCUCAAGAAGAAUACGACGCGAUGUGGUAUACUCCAGAAGAGACCCAAUCCAUUCGAAGGGAAUCCGUCAAAACUCUCAAAGUUAUGCUCGGGGAAGCUCCAUUGGAACAAGAUGAUGUAGUUUGUUUCCGAGGUCUCGAAUACAAGGCCGGGCACCCUUUCCAGGCGCGUCAAUCACGAAAAGCGUUAACUCGAAACAGUGUGCUCGAUGAACAAGCAUUGAACAAAGACUUGAAAGUAUACAACCCUGAAGCCAUUGCGGAGGUCUCCCGACAACGCAGCGCACCAAGCGUUGCGGCAGCCAUUGAAGCUGCCCAUAGGGACCAUACACAAGAUUGCGACCAAUGGAUGUAUUACUUUGACGAAGACGAAUGGACCUUUUCCAACGAAAUCGCCAAGGUGAGCUGGCUACAUGCCGCAUUACCCAUUGCUCCCAAGCUCAGUUACUUCAAAAUGCUCCGAAGCAACCACCGAACACCCAUCACAGUAUAA